UGGAACAUGAGAAUCAAUAGGAAAUAAACGUCUUCUUUCAACAAAAGUGUGGUACUGCAUGCAAAUACUCCUGUCCCCCCCAGUGAAAUUUCUCAGAAGCAAAAGUGACAACACAAACUCGAUUUGUUUAACGAAGCAGGAAAAAUUAGAAUAAGGCAAAAGAAACUAUGUCACUCAAGCGUCACUGAAUGAGAAGCCGGUAAUAGCAGAAGAAGCUGUGCGUUCUAGGAGCCGUUCAUGAAUAAGAUCGAAAUCCCUAAGAGAAGUUGAAAUCCCUCGUGAAAGGUAUCAGCAACCAAGAAGUGGAACCAUGUCUAUGACAUUCCGGCGACCGCCGGUGUCGCUAGGUGGGCGGGGGCCGAAUCCACAGCUGAUGGGGUUGGAGCGAGUACUUUUUCUUGACGUAGACGGAGUCCUGCACCCUGCCUUCGUGCAGUUUGCUCGCCAGCAGUUUCGACCACAGAAUAUGCGCUUGUUAAAGGCGCUGGUACGCUUUUUUCUUUUAGUACUGCAUCCACGUAUAGAUUUACUUCCUUACAUUUUCCUCGUUCGUACAUCUAAAAAACAAUUUUUGUGCAGAUACUAGAACAUGAUAGUGUAGAUUCAGUAAUAAAAGUAGACCAUGAUCUCCUGGCAGACUCUCUGUUUCCUCUAGUAAGUGACGUCGUUUAGGAUCAUUUUUAUUGAUUCCUAGGAUGCGCAUGCGUAAUCAGGUCGAAACGGGACGGCUCACGAUUGUUUUGUCGUCGAGCUGGCGUCUGAAUUUUGAGGCGAAACAGCACCUAAAGAAGGUUUUCGAGUAUUUUCGGAUACCAAUAUGGGUGAGUCAAACACCCAGUAUCGGUAUGUACGCACGUGCACGUGAAAUUUUGGCUUGGGUUUCGAAGUACCAGCCUAGAGCUUGGGCAGCGAUCGAUGACUGGUCACUUCUAUUGGAGACGAGGGCGUUGCAGGGUAUUCACAGUUACGCUACUGAUUCGGUGACUUUUCUCCGUGUACUUGUACAAUACCAUCGAAUUACUUGUGUGAGAAGAAAGAUAGAUGUUUUACUGCACAACUAGGGCAUUUUUUGCAGACAAAUCCAAAGACCGGGUUGACCGCAGCAAACGUUGAAGCGGUGUUGCGUUUGUACGAUGCUCAAGUUGCUGCGGCAGCGGCGCCACAGACGGAACCACCUCCAGCGAAGUUCAGCCGCAAAGUAGCAGCACUCACAGGAAUCCCAGAGGAGAUGGCGGAGCCAGAUGCUCCGGCGGCUGAGAGGUAUGACAAAUCCAGCUCCUGUGCAACAUCUCCUGUCACGCAGGACAAGAAUAGGAUUAAAGCAUACAGAAACCUAGCACGAUUUGCACGUUAUCCUUUUUUUUUUACCGCGACUGCGCUGUUCAAAAUUGAUCUUAGUAUCAUUCGUUGCUUUUUCUCUAAUAUCAUGUUAGACCUCGUCUUCUAAACUUUAAAUAGCGGGUCGGCCAACGCAACGGUGGAUUGGUUGAAUCUGACCUUAGAUGAAGCUUCGUCACCUGGCGUGGGUGGUGAUGCGCUAUACGGACGCCGUUUGCUCCCGUCAUUCACGACAUCGUCGACGUCAACGCGAGCCGCGUCUGUGCCGCCGAAGACCAAAGUAUGGAGGCGUUCGUGAUCUAUAUCCUAUACAUCAGGAGACCGAAAAAUUUUCGUCAUUUAUAAGGAACUCGCGCUUCCUUGACUCAAGGUUGAGUACCUAAGCCUCUCAUCUAACGAAAAACGCAGUCGAGAAACCAAACGGUGACAACACGAAACCCCCUGAGACAGGUGAACCAGAUGCUUCGAAGGGCAGCAAGAAUUCUGUCGAGGCCGUCGCUGCUGCGAUCCCUAACACUGGCAAGAUACAAGAUUUGCUAGUCGUUUCGAAUAGUCGCAACAGCGCUGCUGCAGGUAGUACUGGCGGAAACACAUCCAAGGGGGACGCACCAGCAGCAAGUGGAGUUCAAUCAAAGUCUAGUAGUAGUAGUAGUGGUACAAGUGGCGGAGCCGGUCCUACUUCUUCUAAAACUUCCGGUGGUGCUGCUCCUUCUGCAGCAAGGGCGACCGGCGCGCCAGUGUUGACGCGGAAACGCAUAUUUGCGAAUGAUGAUGCGGAUGUGGACAAGCACAGCCUCUUCCGCGAUAUGCUACUCGGAGGUGCGCAAACCGAGGAACGAGGGUCCUCAACUUCCUCUACUUCCGCCGAAACUUCUGCCGCUACUGUAUCAUCAUAUCCUGCCUCUUCUUCAGUUCCAACACAUGGCUACGCUGCAAUAUCUUCUGCAGCAACAAAAAAGCCGCCCAGCAUGGUCCAAAUAUGUAAAGUACCCGCGGGGAUAGCAACAACGACUCUAUUAGCGUCUGCUGGAGUCGCAGCUAGGCGAACAAAGAGCCCGCAAGUUCCCGGAUCGCUUCUUCAAGCACAAACAAGGACCCAAAGCGGCACAAGGGCACGGAAGCAGCCAAUCGUGCAACUGGGAUCGUCAGCCGCUCCUGGUGGUCAAUCCUUCUCUUAAGGACUAUUCUUGCCGAUUUUCACAUAAGUACAUAGAUCAACGGAUCCUUCUUGAGCUCUACAACUUCCUCGAAAGAUAGAUACUCUCAUGUUGUUGCCCAGCCACCUCAGCUCUGGAGGAUUGCAACCAGACCAGGGCACGCAUGUAAGACAUGACCUAGAAACCUCUUUUUCAUCAAGGAUCAUUCCGGCGGCCAGUGGAUUUUUGACAAAAAUAUAUUUUUCUUUUCUAAGAUUCGCGGUCUUCAUCUUCCGUUACGACCCGACCUCCACUUGCAGGUGGUGAUCGGUACUUGCCGCCGGCCGCGCGACUGUCCAACAUGCUGCAAAAACUGAGUCCUGGUGAGAGCUUACGCCUGCGCUCAGCCAGUCCAUUGAAAGCGGCGUAUGCUAGACCGAAACACUCAGUCCGUGCGUCGUCCGCAAGCAGCUACUCCAUCGGCCGCAAAAAAGCUGCUGGCGUGGGUCUUUAUGCAGUGCAGAGGUAG